CAAAGUGAAGCUCUCUCUCUCUUGAAUAUAAAAUAGUUAAUAGUAAGUUUGCGAUUGUGUUAGAGUUUCCUUUUAAUCACCAAACCUGGUUUGAGAUUUGAAGGAGAGAGAUCCAAAAGCAUUGAAUGCUGAUCACCUGAAAUUGCGCCAGAUCUGCCUAUUCCACGCUCUUAAAAUACCGAACAACCAUCACACAGCACAGUUAGGGUUAGGGUUAGGGUUGGAACUAGCACAGGCAAUGGCGGUCUCCGACGGCGUGGUGAAGAAAAUCGUCCUCUCCUACACCUACGUGGCGAUAUGGAUCUUCCUCAGCUUCACGGUCAUCGUGUACAACAAGUACAUUCUGGAUCGGAAGAUGUACAACUGGCCAUACCCGAUCUCGCUCACCAUGAUCCACAUGGCUUUUUGCUCUUCCCUCGCAUACAUUCUCGUUCGCGUCUUGAAGCUCGUUGAACCCGUUCAAAUGUCUCGCGAUCUGUACCUCAAAUCCGUGGUUCCGAUUGGUGCACUCUAUUCCCUUUCACUCUGGUUUUCGAAUUCAGCGUAUAUCUACCUCUCUGUCUCCUUCAUUCAGAUGCUUAAGGCGCUUAUGCCUGUGGCUGUUUAUUCCAUUGGGGUCAUGUUUAAAAAAGAGACCUUUAAGAACGAGACCAUGGCGAACAUGGUUUCCAUCUCGCUCGGGGUUGCUGUUGCUGCUUAUGGCGAGGCGAAAUUCGAUGCUUGGGGUGUCACUCUGCAGCUUCUCGCGGUUGCGUUUGAGGCCACUCGCUUGGUUCUCAUCCAAAUUUUGCUCAAUUCGAAGGGGAUUUCGUUGAACCCUAUUACCUCGCUUUACUAUAUUGCCCCUUGUUGUUUGGUCUUCCUCUCCGUGCCUUGGAUUAUCAUGGAGUACCCUUCAUUGAGGGAUAACUCCAGCUUCCAUUUGGAUUUCGCGAUUUUCGGGACCAAUUCGGCUUGUGCUUUUGCUUUGAACCUUGCAGUUUUCUUGCUGGUGGGAAAGACUUCGGCUUUGACUAUGAAUGUUGCAGGGGUGGUCAAGGAUUGGCUCUUGAUUGCGUUCUCUUGGUCGGUGAUAAAGGACACCGUGACCCCCAUUAAUUUGAUUGGCUAUGGGUUGGCGUUUUUGGGGGUUGCGUACUAUAAUCACUGUAAGUUGCAGGCUCUGAAGGCUUCUGAGGCGCAGAAGAAGGCUCAGCAGGGUGAUGAAGAGGCUGGGAGGUUGUUGGAACAGAAGGACGGGGAAGGGACAGGGAGGAAGAACGACAACCAGAACUGAUUCAACUGCUGAUCGAAUUUUUGGUCGCUCUUCGAUAAUGUUGGAUGAGGCAGGUUUUAUUUUUGGUUUUGUUCUGUAAUGUACUGCUAUUAGCUAAUUAUUAUCAUUGUCAUGUCAUUAUUAUUAUUAUUGUUAUUAUCGUUGGCUACCAUUAUUAUUAUAUUAUUAUGUUACUUCUCCCAGUUUAACUUUCAUAUCCUUAAUGGUGACGUUAGUUGUGUAUUGGGAACUGAGAUUGACGGUUGUCCCUUAUAUUACUGAUUCGUGUUUAUGGCCAGAGAAUGAAAUUGCAUUAUGAUUAAAGAAUGUU